AUGACUGAAGCCUUGCCGGACCUCAGUGGCCCCGAGUUCCAGGACAACAAGGAGUUUUCCCAGGUCUGGGUGAAUGCCACGGCCGAGUGGCAGAAGCGGGGCUCCUAUUCAUCCACUCUGACCAAAGACCAGGCCAUUGCCCUCAUGGUCUACACGAUGCCAGGCUUGCACAAGCAGUUCAACGCAGCCGUGCGCGAGGCUGGACGCUCCAGCCAGGAAUACCGGGACAACUUCCACUUCAAAACGCUGCAUUUCCUGCUGACCCAGGCCCUCCAGAAGCUGAGACGCCCUAAUGAGUGUCCAGAUGUGUUCCGGGGGGUGAGGACAGUCCAGUUCAAUGUGACACCUGGGGAGAAAGUCCGCUUUGGUCAAUUUGCUUCAUCAUCACUGGACAAAAACGUGGCCCAGGGUUAUGGGAACGCCACAAUAUUCGAGGUGCAGACAUGCCACGGCGCAGACAUCCACAAGUUCUCCUUCAAUCAAAGCGAGAAGGAGGUGCUGAUCCCACCCUUCGAGACCUUUGAGGUCACCAAAGUCACCAGGGAAGGGAAGAAGGUGCAGAUUGUGCUUCGCUCCACUGGGAACUCCAGCAACUACAACUGCGAGUGGCUGGGAGGUGACAUCAUGGGAACAACCGGGGGGGAUGGGGACCCUCACUGA